AUGUCGGCACUCAGCACGACAGCUAUCCUCGAGGGCAUGGCCAAGGCCCUGCCCACACACACUCAGGGCGACGACUCGUCGGACCUGGCCAGCUCCUACGAGGUCAUCGGUCUGCUCGUCCACUCGUACCUCACAGCGCUGGGCUUUACGCUCGUCGGCUUUCAAGAAGACAGACCGCUAGCCGAGUGCCAGUCGCUCGCUCCUCGUCUCCCCGCCUCAUGGAAUGCCGGAUUCGGCUCCCUCGGCUUCGUCUACACCCACGACCAGCAGCAGCAAUCCGAUAAGACGACGUACGUCUUUCGCAUCGACAAGAUGGGCGCCAAAGUCGAGAUUCGUGGCACAGUCUCCUCUUCCUCCGAUAGCAACACCAUCCAUCGCUUCGACGUCGCCGCCCGCGACAUUGUCCAGUCUGGCAACCUGCCCGUGCGCAUCGCACUCGACGUCGACGGCAAGGACACUAGCGACCGCCAGGAUCUUGUCGCGAAAUUGCAUCGCGUCUUUGUGUCCACCACCGUCGUCGCCGCGCUCCUCCAAGAGGUCCGCACCAAGAUUGUGCAGCCGCUACUCGGCGCCGGCGCCGCUACCGCGCAGGUUGAAGAUCGCGCCGACGAGGCCAGCGAAGAGCGGCGACUGCGCGAGGAGCGCUUGCAGCAGGAGAUGCAGGAUCCGAACCGGCCUGUUGGUGGCAACUUGCCGCCAUCCACCGCAGACAUACCCGUCCCGCGACCCGGUGCGCUGCCCGAAUCAGCGCGUCUCGGACCCAACGCGCCUAGCGACGAGUUUCUGCCCCCCGGCUUCGAAGACGAGUACGACAUCAACCGCCCUCACACCGGUAUCACGGGCGGCGGCCUCACCAUACCCGGUAGCGGCCGCUCCCCGUUUAGCAUUGGUCAUGACGACCUGCACCCGCCGGGCCUCGGGCCCCACGACCCCCUCCGCGGAUCCGGCCUGCCCAGCGGCCUGGGCGGCGGCGGCUUUGGUGGCGGCAGCGGGGGCUUUGGUAGUGGAGGCGGUGGCAUGCACCCGACCUUUGACGAUCCCCUCUUUGCCGGCCAAGGAGGUCGGACCGGACCCGGCAGGGGCAGCGGUGGCGAGUUUGACCCCCAGGUGCCGCCCGGCGCAAGGUAUGAUCCUCUCGGCCCCGGUGGCGGCCCUCGUUUCCCCGGUCCGGGUAGUGGCCAAGGCGGUCAUCCGUUUGGAGGCGGUGGUGGUAUCAUUUGA